CGAGUAGCACCAUGGCUAAACUGAAACAGCCCUACAAACUGCAAGACCUGGUUAUGCUGAGAGUGGUCAAGCUGUUACGUAAAGCGUGUGAGUCGUGGAUAACAGCAUUGCGUGAAGCAGCGCUGACUGGCAGUGAGGCAUAUCUGAAGGAGACGCAGAAUGUGACGGCUGAUUGUGACACGGUUCACGAACUUCUAACAUCGCUGCUGACAGGAAUUUCAGCUCAGCAAGCCGCUCUCAUACUGAAGGAGAUUAUACCCGUGAUCACGAAUUAUGAUGACAAUUGCUGGGAAUUGAAGCGGGCUUCUUGGUAUCAAGACGAGAAGCACAACACGGUGACAGAUAUCAACAUGCCCCAGAGGAAACGACCCAGGACUCUGAGUGACAUGAGUGUAGAGGCGUAUAUCAACAUUUAUUAUAAUGUGUGUAAUAGAUGGAAUUUGGAUUUGUAUAAUGCAAUGCAGAGAUGCAGAAACCAUUACCGGUACGUGAAAUGGAGAGUGAUGAGUGAAAUCCAACAGAUCAAACAGAUUCUAUCAGAGGUGGCGCCAUUGAUACAAAGAAUAAUUUCUCCAGAGUUAGCAUCUAGCUUUGCCGACAAUAUCACGUUUCAUUUCGAGAGAAAUGAAUAUGUUACAAGCCUCGGCAUUUUUGAAGAAGAAAGACACGAUGAAUUGUGCAUUGCCAUGUUUCGCUCCGUCCUAACACGUUUCCUAUAUGAGUAUGAGCCUUAUAUUUUUUUACUUAUUUUUACAUGGUUUCUAGUAAUUCGAAAUCUGGACAGUGUACCUGGGUUAAGAAUAUUGUCUAUGAAUCAAAGAUUUGAAUUAAUAAAGUCAUUGAAGUUAAGUCGAGUAACCCUUACCGGCUCGGCUCUAGUGGCCAGGUCCAUCCAUCAACUUCAGGAGUUACAGGUGUUUCAUUAUAUGGGAGACUGCACUGACGAAGUGGUGAUACAACUGGGUCUCAACUGUUCCAACCUGACUGAGGUUUCGGUUAUGUAUUCUUUCAGGGAAACCAAUGACUGUGUUCCCCACUUACUGCUACUCAGUAAUGUAGAAUUUUUAGAUAUUACUGGCACACAAAUUGAUCGUUUACACUAUGGGCAGCUACUCUCCGGAUUACCGAAAAUUUCCAACGUCAGAUUCGUAAAUAAACUUGACGAUCUUUUAAGCCAUAUUACCCUGGAGACGGUCGACACGGUAACGCAAGUCUACGGUGUAGUUAAUGAUAUCGAUAACCAAAUACGUAAGUUCCCCAAAACACAAAAAUUUGUACUGCUAGAACCAGACGUACAUCUGCCAGAUGUCACACCUCCACCAGACUUCGAUCUCUCAGACGUGACACAUUGGACCGAAUUGCGCAAACUGGAAAUUUUAUUUGGUGACUGCACUACAAUUAAUCUGAACGCCAUCCUAACGGGUAUAGGUCAUGUACUUACCGACCUUACACUGAAAAGUGUCACGGAUCUAAAUCAUGGAGAUAUCAUAACGCUGUGCAAGUCAUUAGGGAAAUCUAUCUCUGCACUCCUGCAAAAUUUCACCACUAAAUGCAGAUACACCGCCCAACCCAGAGUUACCACAUUUCAGGAAAUUGCUAUCUUUAAAAAUAGAAAAAUCAAUCAACGAUCAAACAGAUUUCAGUUUUAUCAGAUACUAACUUAAUCUGGAAAGAAUUGAGUUGCUUGGGAUUGACAUCUUCACGGAAGAAUUCAUGGAGGAAGCUGUAAACCUGGGUACACUUGCAAACUUAAAGGAGUGUUAUAUAAGCGAAACUGACAAGGGAGUUCUGACCUUAAACGUUCUUGAGCAACUCCUUCGUCAUUGUUCAAAUUUGAAAAUAUCUGGACAUACGGAACAAUUAGAUCAUCUUAAUUCAGAAAAUGUCCUGCAACUGAAGCGUGAAUUAUCAGAACAAAAUUUUGAUAUUGACAUUAUCUCCUAACACAAGGACCCUUCUGCAUUUUAUGAAAUGAGGACAUGGUUUUGAGCAACGCGACUUCUUUUAACGUGGAAGUCCAGGAAUAUUAUAUAUUUCGUAUUACUGUGUGACAUAUUUAAAGACAUUUUACUUGUAUGUGUUUUAUGUGUUCUUAAUUUAUUUCUGUUUACAUAUUAUUAUUCCGAGAGAAGUAGAACCAGACAGAACGUACUUUUCAUUAUAUAAAUUCAGUGAGUUGUGGGUCUCCCAUUUCUCAAUCCUGCAUCGUAUUGAAUAAAAAAGAUCUCUUUUAAAAUUACAAUUGCGUUUGUUGACAAGAGAUUGAAAGAAUUUCAGUCUUUCAGUUAAGUCUAAUAGUUACAACUGAAGACGUAGUUAAGUAGUUUCUAGUACGCCAAAUAUUUAGGUAUGCUUACCCGCACGACAGAAGGUUUGUAAGCUUCAAAUGGAGACAUUUGUGCAUUUUACUUUGCUGAGCAGUGGCAUCCUGACAUUACUUUACAUUAGUGAGUAGGAAAGCUUUGAAUAAAUGAAGUGCCUGCAGUCACAGAGGCCAAAUUAAUUAUGGUGAUUGUGGGACUCAAUUUGUUUUCCCGGGAUCUUCGGUAUCCACCUCAAAACAACACGUUGUCAUCGUUCAGGAACAUGACAAGAAAAUUGAAACAAAACACUUUAAUGACCCUAAUAAUAAUAUUCAUGUGCUCUGCCUGUAAUUCGUGCACUUGGAAAAUUUAUGGAAUCUGAUGUGACACAUGAUUGUUAUUUUAUCUGAAUUUGACUAAACGCAAGAUGUGAAAUUUGAAUCUAUUCAUGUCUAAGGUGUAACUCGUGAUGUACGUGUAACACGCUCUCAUGUAUGAAGCUUGUAAGGAUAUGUUUAUGCAUGUAUCCAUGAUUUUAUACAUUUUGUAUCUUUUAAUAUUGCAGAACAUUCAAUAAAAUAUAUCUGAUUAAAUUAGUGUCUUAAAUAAUAAGACGCUAAACAAUCGACAUGUUCGCACA